AUGCCUAUCCGCAAUCCGUUUGCGCGUCGUGCACCUGUUGUCUCUGCUCAGGAUGAGAACCAGCGUCCGAUGUCCGCUGCCGCAGCCGAUGACCCUGCGCACCCUGGGUUUGAGAAGGUUGACACGGUCGGAUCGAGGGCGUCAUCCGCAUGGAGCAUUCGCAGCAGGAAGAGUCGGGAUACCGGCGAGUAUAAGAUGAGCGUGGUCAAUGACAAGGGCGUCUACCUUCCGCCUUCUCCCCCAGAGAAAGACACGCCCUGGCCGCGGCGGUAUCUCUCUCGCGCCUCCAGCCACAGAAGUAAUGCGACGACCGACGCGGGCGAGAUUGAGCAGUUCACCAUCUCUCGCGAGUCUUUUGACUCGUACCGACGGUCAUUUGACAUCUCCGCCCGUCGACCCAUUCACCUAGUUCCCGACCCAGCCCCGCCACGCCAAAGUCUCGAUUCUUCUGUCUUCCGCUACACAGUCAACAGCCGGACCUCAACCUUUCGACGUGGCAUCAGCAGCGGGCUUCCCAGUGCUUUAGAAGAAAAGGAAACCGGUAGCCUGUUUGAGGAAGUCAAACUCAACGAUGAUGACGAAAACGAUUCGGAGAAGCAGCACGAUGGUCUGAGGAAGAGAGUCGCCGGGUUGAGCAUCUUCUCACGAUUUGGUUCUGGGACGCCAGCGGAUAUACCCUCUGUCGACGACGAGCAUCCUCCCCAGCACCAACAGCAGCAGUCGCAAGCACAGACCCAGCAAACCAGCAGCAGCAGCAGCAGCGGCGGCGGCGGCGGCGGCGGCAGUGGUGUUAUUUCUCGCUUCUCGUUGCUCUCGGCAGUGGGAAGAAGGAAGGAGCAGCACCACCAGGGGCAACAGGAAGCCGAGCUGGGUAUGAUAUCUUCUAUGAUUGGUCAGGCUGGUGGCAAGACUGGCUCCGUUGAGGCGGUGUCUGCGCCAGCUCCGCGGCCGAUGCCGACUACAACUGUUGUUUCUGCUGCGCGGUGA